AGAAGACGGGGGGGCCUCACUUUUAAAGGAGAAACAGAACUCCGGAGUGAACGAAAAGAGAGGGACUAAUCAACAACAGAUACCCCAAACGCAACAGACAGUAUAUAACCGGCGAACAAACACACACGAGACAUCAUAGAACUUGCGCAGAAUGAGCUCGGAGCGGAGAAUGCCCAAGGAAUGCAAGCAGCCGAUCAAGAUAUCAAGUCGGAAAGCGUGGAAAGCAGCGCUGGCGACGCCGCGGCCCGUCCUGGUCCAUCUCAACGCCGACACUACGUGGCUGAUCCAGCUCCCCUACCCGCGCCGCGCCGAGCGGCCACCGCCGGCCGGCCGGUCGCGCUUCAAUCUGCUGCUGGACCCUUGGCUGCAGGGGCCCCAAUCCGACGUGGCAUCCUGGUUCUCCACCCAAUGGCACGUCACCGAGCCGAGCGUGGCCACGAUUGCCGAGCUGAACGACGCCUUGCGGGAGCUCGAGGGGGAGGAUGCGGCGGCGGUGGAGGACGAGGGCCAGGGCGACGCGGAAGGGGCGCCGCCGUGCUUCGUCGACGCCGUAGUUGUCUCCCACGAGUUUACAGACCACUGCCACCGCGCGACCCUGGAGGAACUACCGAGAGCGACGCCAGUCUUUGCGACGGACGAGGCGGCGAGGCUGAUCGGCUCAUGGGGCCAUUUCGACACCGUCAUCACCACACCGCCCUUCUCCAAUACCUCCCCGACCUGGAAGGAAGCCCUCUUGGCCUGCCACCCGGUUCUGCCUCCCUGGCUGGGCGUCGGGAGAGUGGUGACGCCCGGCAACUCUCUGUACUACCACUCGGCCAUCAUGAUUGUGUUCGACGCCUUCGACCCCGAGACACCAUCCAACAAGGAGGCAGAGGCGAUACUAUACUCGCCCCACGGGAUCGAGGCCGGCGACUUGGGAUUUCUCCCGUCCGUGGGCCUCAAGACCCUGGCGCUGCUCCACGGGAUGCACGACGUCCGGAUCUGGAUGACCAAGCAGCUGAAUCUGGGGGCACACAACGGGCUCCGCGCAGUGCGCGCCAGCGGAGCGCGGUACUGGGUUGCGACACACGACGAGGUCAAGGUCGGUGUAGGGCUGAUCAACUGGCUGCUGCAGAGAACCGCAUAUACACUCAAGGAUGCUGUAGAGGCUGAGGAGGCGAGACUGAGAGACACGAAUGGGGAGGAGGCCGUCGGUGACUACCAAUUUAUAGAGCUGGCGUCUGGUGAUGCACUAAUGCUCGUAUAGCGGCUGGCUGGGCUUUAAGGUCGGGGCGUUCCGAGGACAAAAGCGUGCCUAGACUAGUUAUUUAGGGUAUUUUGAGUUCGCAACUGAGUUGAUCAGGGCACAGGCCAGAUGCCUCCAUGGCGGAGGGGUCAAGAAUGUAGCGGCUGCACACGGACGGCACAGAUGAUACAGUCGCAAGACCAGCUCAGGUGAAGCGCCCGCGUUCAGCAAUUCCGCCCAUGGCCCAUUUCCACAUAGGAAGAGACCCAGACAGACAGGGCGGUUCGGCCCACAAGAUAGGGUUAGGCGAGAAACGAUAUAUGGAGAGUACCUGGUCAUGUCACCUCACGCCACCGCACCUAUCCAUGUGUAAAUGAGAAAAUAGGGGCUUCCACUGAGUGCUGUCCGGUGCAAGUCAGCGAUCCCCUUGGAGAG